UUGUAAGUGGAAAUACAUGAAAGGUUGUUUAUCUUCAAUAAUUUUACGAGUCUUAUGACGUAAUUGUCUGGUUCAUCCCGUUUUUUUGUUCAUUUAGACUACACAGUACAGAAAUUGAAAAUGCGGAAGUCUUCCUGAAUAUCAGUUUGAAAUCUCCUGAAAACUUCCUCUGAUGGCAGACACGGAAAAUCUUUCCAAUCCACCCUCCCACGACGAACUAAGGCGCAAUGAAAAUGAUUUCUCUCCAGGGAGCAUUCACGAGCGCAGUAGCUCAGUAUCGACACCUAGAGGUCGUCCCACCCGACAGCUUGAUUUCCACCAAGCUAUGUCCGACUUCAAGACCAUGUUUCCUAAUAUGGACAUAGAAAUAAUUGAAGCUGUCCUACGAGCGAAUAAUGGUAUCGUCGAUGCUACGAUCGAUCAACUCUUGACUAUGAGUAUUGAUAACGAGACUUUGGAACAGACACAUGUUCACUGGUCACCUGACAUGCCAAGUACCCAUGGGUCAUCACAUCACCAUAGUCACCACCACCAUCAUCACCAUAGACACGGUCACCAUGGUCACAGAGAACAUGGACACAGUAAAUCUAAAUCCAAACGCUCGUCUAAACAGCAGCAGUCAGAAGUCAAUGGAACAAGGCUACCAGUUAAUCUGGAGUCGCCCCCAUCAUAUUCAGAAGCCAUUCAGUCACCUCCGCUACAAGCAGAACCUCCAAGAAGUAGAUCACACUCUAAUACUCCGCGGAAAUCAGGAAGUAAAACACAACCUACAAUGCUCACAACUUUUAGACAAGCAACAGAUUCACCAUCUUCUAGUCUUCUGGAAUUGGAUGUAGAUGAGUUGGCGUUAUCAAAUACUGAGUUAAAAACUCCGAUAACAUCAACCUGGAGUAAUCCUAUAUUAACGACUAAUAGUACUGCCCCCUUGUGGGGAAGUCCAGCAACAAUGCCAGAUUUACCGGAUCAUGUUUCGUGGCAUUCUUUAAGACCGCCAAACAAACACACAUCGGCCUCGGUUUGUACGAAACCGCCAUCAUACUCAAAAUCAACGUCUAAAUCUGCCUCAAUCUCAAGUAAAUCACGAAUGUACAGAAAUUGGAAUCCUCCUAUGCUCGGAACUUUGCCUGACGAUUUUCUACGCCUGUCUGUUGCCCCACCAAAGCCUGUUGUAAAUUCUUCCAUGCCACUGCCAAAGAAAAGUAGUUCGGUUCGACGUAGCCAGUCGGAACGUCAUGUACGACAUCAUUCACAGCCUGCCAGGUUGUUUACAACACAUGAGUUUAGUACAGACAUGUUACAAGAAAAAAUGAAGGAGAACGAACGAAGACGUCGUAUGACAUGUCAUGUGCCCGACCCUGAACUUGCCCAAUAUCUAGCCGAUGAGAGAUUAGCGUUAAUGAUACAAAAUAGUGAAUUUCUACAAGAACUGAGAAAUAAUGAAGAUUUUAUGAACACUUUAGAAAGUGAUCGUCUGAAUAUGUCAGCAUUUGAACCUCCAUUACCGUCGCCAAUAGCAACAGGUCCAACCUCUGAUGAUGAGGCUAAACAUGUUGGGUACGGCGAGGAUCAUCAGACGACGCUAGAAGCGUUUCCGUUUAGUCAACAGCUUCCACCACGAACUGAUAAAGAUGAAGAAUUACGAACAAAACUCAAGCAUAUGGGCAAAGCUUCAAGAAAACAGUUUACUGCUCUAGCACGAAGAUUCACCAGUAUUCGAAGAAAAAAAUCACCAAAACAGAUAUUAAAGGAACAGUCAGCACCUUCAACAGCUAACUUACUAGACAGUGAGACUGAUGAUGGAGCUGAUGGACCUAUUGAUCAUUCAUCUUACGAUGAUCCCCUAGUUAUAGAACCCUUGCCAAGUGCCUUAGGUGUCCGUGAUGUGCCAAACUCUAGAUUAGUGUGACCUACUUAUUAUUUCUAGAAAGACAUUUUACAUACAGAACUCCUCUGAUAAAACAAGUCAUAAACAGAUAGUGACACAACUCAGAACGGUGCCACAACAUUGCAAUGCACUCACAAGUACUCUCCCCCCACCCCACCCCCACCCAUAGGAUCACUUUUAGAGUUUAUGUAGACAGAUUAUAUGACAUGGUAAUUGGAGAAACUUAACGAUGCAGCAUAACUUAAUUUGAUAUUUAUAUUCUCUGAAGUCAACUAAUAUUUAAAAAUAGAUAAGACAGAUCAUGAAAUGGAAAUUGGAAAGUGGACCAAAAGCCUUCAUUUCAAUUUGGAUGGAAUAUUCGAAUAUCAUGUGAAUAAUGACUUGAUAUGAAAUGUGAUCCCUGCUAUUUGUAUAUUUUUUUAUAGCAUAAUUUUGAAUCUUGUGCAAUUUAUGAUAAUAUCAUCCUGAUACAUCAUUAACAUUAUAAUAAAACUGACUAGUGUGGCAGUAGACAGAAAUCUGACUAGUGUGCCAGUAUACAGAUAUCUGACAAGUGUACUGAUAUGCUGAUAUGCAGAAAAUGUGACUCGUUUAACAGUAUACAGAAAUCUGACUAUACAGAAAUCUUGACUACCAGUAAACAGAAAUUUCAAGAUAUAUUCAAUAUAGAUAUACAGGGUCGACAUACUCGGUACUUUGAACACUCUGAAAAAUCAUAAUUUGCAUUGCUACAGAUUAUUUGAUUAAUCACAGAAAUCUCUUAACCAAUCAUAGACUACCACACAUAAGUUUGUCAAUCUAGCAAGACUUGUGUAAAUGUUCCUAGACCGAGGCUAACUGGGAAAUGGAUUUGUAAUUGCCGAGGAGUUAAUUGUAAUUACAGACAAGGGGUGGAAAUAAGUAAUCUGAUAUAUUUCCAGUAUCCUUGAUGAGUUAUAGGCCAAACAUGCUGUUAUAAUGUAGACUGAAGGGUAAUGAUAUUAACAAGUAUAAUGCUAAUAAAUAGGCCAACCAUGUUAUUUUACUGUAGACAGAAGGGUAAUAUUAAAACAUGUAGGUAAUACUGAUAAAGUACAUGUAAUGCUGUUUCUUGAAGUUGUCGAUUCAAUAGGACUCUUUCUUCAACAUUUUGACAGUCUGUCAUUUUUUUAUAUCUCAGAAUAGUACAGCAUUUUUUUUUCAAGGAAAUGGUCAUCUCAAUUGUUAAGUUAACGCAUAAAUUAAUUGUUCCCAUUCGUUAAUUUAUUGUGUUUUAUGGUUAAUUGCUUGAAAAUACAAAUUUUAUCCUUUAUGGCAUGUAAAUAUGACAAACAUUAAAGACCUGGGUAACAGAGCCUAUGCUAAGUGUGAUGUGUACUACUGUAAAAAGAGUGUCCUGGGUUACAGAGACUACACAUGAGUGUGAUAAAUGUCACUGUAAAACGUGUGUCCUGGGUCACAGAGACUACAAGUGAGUGUGAUAUAUUAUACUGUAAAUGAGACACCUGGGUUGCAGAGACUAUACGUAAGCUGGGUUACAGAGACUACACUUAGUUUACAUUAUUGAGAAACAAGAAAUUAUUUCCGAGAGAAAUUACAUGAAAUUAAUGAGACAUGAAGUAAUUAGAUACAUUAAUUUCUUGCUUAUAAUAAUUUCUUGGGGUUUCUUUUUGCAGUAUUUGUAAAUGUUCAUAGUGUGUGGCUUUGUUUAAACUUGUAUAUAUAUAUAGGUGUUAAUAUAAUUAUACAUAUAUACAUAUAUAACCAAUAUUUACCUCAUUAAAUGACUGUACACUACAAUAUUAUAGCCUAUUUCACUAUAAUGUAAAUGUAUGUACACUCACUGAUAUACUAUAGCCUGUUUCACUAUUCAGUGGCUUUCUGUAUAAAUUGGGGGCAGCAUCUAUUGUGACUUUCACCGGUUUUAGAAACCUUCCUUUAUUACAAUUAGGACAUUUUAUAUCCCAGAGACAGGUAUUUUAGAUUUUUGUCCACUGUGGCCUUUCGCGAAACAAUUACUUACUUAGUCUUAAAAUAAUACUUAGAAGAGAUUAAUCUGUCAUUGAUCCAAUGUAAGUUUAAGAUUCAGUCCCAGAUGUGAACAGGGUAUAUAUGAAUGCAAGGAUGUUAAAGGACAAUAUUGGUGCCAGUCAUUAUCACAUAUGUGAUAGAGCUGGUUAAACACAUACCAAAUAUACUUUUAACACAGAGAUCAUUGCUAUGAUAGCUGAGUAAUACAAGUUUCCCGAAUCGGAAGUGUUGAACGCCAAAGGAAAACACGAGUCACCGCUCUAUAUAACUGACUGAAGCGACGAGUGAUAACAGAUACACGGCCGAAUUUCUGCUCACUAAUAAUUCCUUCGAAGACCAAAAGUUAUUAUAUGGGACUGUAAGAGGAUAUCUGACAAUUCAAUAAAGUAAUUGAAUGUCAUUAGAUAAGAGAACACGAGAAAAAUAGAAAUGGGAUGAACACGAGUCACCGCUCUAUAUAACUGACUGAAGCGACGAGUGAUAAUAGAUACACGGCCGAAUUUCUGCUCACUAAUAAUUCCUUCGAAGACCAAAAGUUGUUAUAUGGGACUGUAAGAGGAUAUCUGACAAUUCAAUAAAGAAUUGAAUGUCAUUAGAUAAGAGAACACGAGAAAAAUAGAAAUAGAAAUGGGAUGAAUCUUGCUGAAUUCUUUCAAACAGAAUUAACUGUUUUAUUCAUGAGAAUACAUCUGGGACAGCUACUCAUUUAAAGGACAAUAUUGGUGUCAGCCAUUAUCACAUAUGUGAUAGAACUGGUUAAACACAUUCCAAAUAAUUAUAACACAGAGAUCAUUGCUAAGAUAGAAGUGUAAUGAAGAUUUGAAGAAACGGGAAGUGACGAGUGAUAAUUCUGUCAAAAACGAAAAUUUGUUAUGUGAGAGGAUAUCUGACAAUUCAUUGGGAUAUCUGACAAUUCAUGAAAACAAUUGACUGUCACUAGUAGCAAUGAUUUUUGUGUUAAAAUUAUAUUUGGAAUUUGUUUAACCAGUUUUAUCACAUAUGUGAUAAUGGCUGACAUCAACACUGUCCUUUAAAACUUGCAUUGGACAAAUAUAUGUUAUGUUUUGACUGUUUAUCAUUACACGAAUGUCGGAAAAUUACAUAUUAAGAAUUCUUAAAAUUCUGACAGAAAUUGUUUUUUGUAUUUUUACUAAACUAAUAUGAUAUUUAACUACUUUAAUAGAGUUUAAAUUUUUCUCUAACAUUGGUUAAAAUCUUGUUUGGUACAAUCAGGUGUGUCAGCUUGACUCAUUCCCAUGUCGUUAAAUCGUCGCAACAACGUUCUUCAAAUGAUUCUUUAUCAAGGGUCGUCUCUUGGUUGAUUUAACACAGAAUAAGCUAAGUCAGUUGAAUUAACACAGAAUAAGUCAGUUGAAUGAACACAGAAUAAGUCAGUUGAAUCAACACAGAAUAAGCCAAGUCAGUUGAUUUAACACAGAAUAAGCCAAGUCAGUUGAUUUGAUACGAAUAAGCCAAGUCUUAUUUUACACUGACUGAAUAAGCCAAGUUUGUUAAAUUGACACAGAAUAAGCCAGGUCUGUUUUUAACCUCACAAGUUAAUUACUUGUAGAUUAAAUCUAUAUUAUACCGGUAGAUUAUUUUAGUAUUAGUUGUUAGUUAUUUUUGUACUGUUUAUACAUUUAUUUAGAAUUCAGGUGGUUUUUUUUUUGUUUAUAUUAAUAUAUGUACAUGUUAUUUACUUGUUUUAUAACCUGGUUAAAUACUCAUAUCCCAAAUAUAGGAAGGAAUAUAAACUCUAGACACCCCCCCUUUUUCUUAUUCUAUGAUGCAAACACAAACUCUAACACUCACUCCCAUGCACCUCUGUCACUCUCUAUUCUCUCUCUAAUGGAAAUACCAACUCUAGAAUAACUCCCCAGUCCCCACUAGUACCAAUAUAAAUUCUAGAAUAACAAUCCCCCUGUGAAAGGUAUACAUGUACCGGUAGUUGUAGAAAAUACCAAAAUGAGAAGAGAUAGCCCUGUAAGUAAAUAACUGUAAAAUAGGUUACUGUGUUAGAUAGUGGUUAUUUUAUAUUUACCAAUAUAUUGACGUUUGAAUUACACAGGCAGAUGUGUAUGACUGUGGUCUGUAACAUGUUUCUCCUUGGUGGGAGAAGUGGGAGUCUCAUUGGUAUCAUAUAAUAGGUAACUGCCUUGUUUAUCCUAGCAGAAUAUUUUUACUGUGACUCCUAUUGCUGGCUUGACGUUUAUGUUUAACAAAAUAUAGUUCAUUUUAUGCUGAUAACAUCAUUAGACUAUAUUUCAAUUGUUUUAGCCUGUUUCCAUGUGUAAUAAUUAUAUGUUUUACAAUACUAUAAACCAUCUAUUUUGGGUAUGCAUGUAGUACAAUAUUUAUGUUGUUAUAUACAUAUAUAAUUAUGUUUGAGUUCAAAUAGGGCUUUUAUAAAUAUAUUUUAUACAUAAUACAUAUUUCAAGCAUAUAUUUGUUUGUUUUGUUUUUUAAAAAUAAAAGACUUUGUCGAUAUAUGUGUACAUACAAUAUGUAAGUAAUCAGCACUGUUUUAUAUUAAUUAAAUAUAUAUAUAUUUCAUUUAUGAUAAAAUAUAUAGAAUAAGCAUUUAAUGGACCUGUAAAGAUUUUUUGUUUAAUUAAAAACAAGAUUUAUUUACAGAAACUUGAUUAAAGAACAAGCAGGGGCUAGAGACACCCUCUCCUAUCAACCGCGACAAGUAUAAGUUACAUAAUGUGUGUGUAUAUAUGAAAGAUAUAUAUAUAUAUAUAAACUUCCAUUGCCAAAAAAAAGUAACAAUUGUUACUUAUAUUGUUAUAUUUUACCUUUGCAUCUUAAACUUCAGCUAAAUACUUUUUGGGGUAAAUUUACUUCUGUCAAUAUUUGGAUUUUUUUUUUUGUUGUUGUUACUAGUUAAACAUGCAUUAUGCAAGAGCUAAAUCAGCAUAUUUUAAGUCUUUAUUUAGGCUUGGAUUCAGCUUGGAUUUCAACAGGAUUUCAUUGAUUGAUUAAAUUUUUAAAUGGUGUCGUAAGCGGAGAUUAACCGUUACGUUGACGUAUUACUCCUGGAAAUUAUCCAUAAAAGGCAGUGAUGAUCGAGGCUAAAUGAUAGAGCGUACAAAGCGAGGCCGCUGUUGAGCACGACCGCAUGUCAGUCAAUUUGAUUGAACGUUCAAUAUACGGCCUCGAUAUUAUGUUUAAUUGUGGUUAAAAUGAGAGUUUGGAUGUCGGUAUUAUACGCUCUUUUGUCACUUGCGUUUACAGAAAAAUUAUGGAAAUUGAUAAACAUCGCAGCUAACAUCACCCCAGUUGUUGCAGUCCCAUUGGAUCACUGUUUCCUAUUUGUCUACUUCAGGAGUCACGUAGGUCUACCAGUUACAGUACAAGAGUACACGCAGGCUAACAAGAAGUCGGCUAUAAUUAUGUACAAUGCUGCCUCAUUGUUUUGGUCCAUUCCUUUCAAACUUUCGCUUCUUAUCUAUAUAUUAAAAGUCUUAUUUUUAAUUUGUAGUAAAAAUAAAUGUGAUACGAAUUGAAUAGCAACCCCGUCUCAAACCGAAUAGGCUAACGGUACCACAGCCAUUGAAAACGUUAUUUGAUAAUCAAGAUUAUGUAGGUGGAGUUAACGCCUGUCAAUCAAAGCGAUCGGCCAUUCUCGGAGACGGUGAAGAGAGAGUUGACUCCUAUUUCUAGUCAAAAAUUACAAUGGUGAUAACUUUGUUCAUAAUAAAGUAAUUUGACUGAAAUUUUUAAUAUAUUCUCCUUUCAUCAUCUAUUUUUGAACUGUUAUAGCAAGAAUGGCCAACUUUCUAUUAAAAUCUCCCAUAAUGUAUCUUUAAGUAUACAACUCAAUUAAGUUAUCUUAGCUGACUGUUUUAAGUGAUAUUUGUUAUAAUUUAGAGAAUAGAUAGCUUAUUAUAUCAAAAUUAGUACUUUUUAUUGGAUUUAGUAAACGCAUAUUUCUUUACUUAUAUUUAGGAAAAGAAAGCUUCAAAUAUCCACUGUAAAAUACAAGAUGUUAAAUAUUUCUGUAUCAACAAUUUAUGUAUUGAUUUUAUGAAUUUAAUCCUUUCCCAAAACUUACGACUUAUAAAUUCCUUAUUAUUUAAAGAGCCAGUCAAUCUCUUAGGACAUUUUAAAUAUAAAUUGGUUUAUUCGACAUACCAGAUAAGUUUGCAAUCAGCAUAUGUAAAACACAAUUGAAAGACUCAUUUUGUGGUUACUUUAUUAAAAAUAGUAAAUGAAUCCGACAUAUAAAACAUCUUCAUUAGCCCAGUUCGGAGCAGAAUAGUAGGAUGUUAAACCCCAUUUCAUUUCCAACAUAUAAAAAUUGUAUUUUUUGGUUUUCUAAAUGAUCACCAUGAUUGGAAAACUAAGUAAGUUUAUACGACUUCUCCUCUGUCAUCAAGACAAUAUUGAGUAAUCUUGAAUAUAUCAUAUAUACCGGUAUAUAUAUUAUUUAGUAUGAAUACCUCAGGUUGUUAAUAUAUACAGUUAUAACUAUAUAUAAUAUGUAAAUAAUAUUAAUGAUAUAGCCAAUUCUUCCCAUCCCAGUUAUGUAUUGUUAUUUUGCAGCGAUGAUUUACAGAACAUCUUAAAUCAUCUCAUGAAAUCAAUUGUCUUUUCCUUUCAUAUAUACAUAUAGUUGUCAUAUAUAUAUAAUUCUAAAAAAUACAUUCAUUAAGUAUUUUCAACAGUCUAAAUGCUGUUUAUUUUUUAAAUACAAUAAUGUAUACAGUUAGAAAACGAAAUUAACUUUUUAAAAAUCUGAUUAAAUUUAUUGGCUAUGUGGGAAGACUGCCUCUUUCCGCAUUAAAAAUUGUACACCCCUAGAUUCAGAAAAUAUUUAGAUCCUAACAAAAUAUGUUUUAACUGUUGACAUUUGAAGUCAUAAUUGCAGCUAUGCGGUAUUUUACCAAACUGAUCAGCAGGAAAUAUUCGCUUGACCGCCAAUAAAACUGACAGUUAAUUAGCUCUCAAUGUUAUCAAGAAAAACUAUAAAGUUGUUUGAACUUUGAAGUAUAUCUGGACAAAAAAUAUUUCUUAUCUAGUGUAAAUGGAUAGAUGAACACUAUUGAAGUAAAGUGUAGUUAUUAAAAUUUUAAUAACAAUAUGUAAUAAAUAAUUCAUCAAAGCAAUUAGAUAUGAUACUGAAUAGAACAGGAGAUUGAAUAGAACAGGCGACCAAAUAGAACAGGAGAUUGAAUAGAACAGGAGACUAAAUAGUACAGGAGAUUAAUAUUUUUGUGUUUUUUGUUAGUUAGAUAUUAGUUUUAUUUACAUUUCAUGUACUUAUUUUAGUUUAGUUACUUUAGUCCUGUAUUUUCUGUCCAGAAGUGAUUGUUUAAUGAUUUAGGAUAAUGAAAAAUUUAGAAAAUAUGAAAUUUUGUCUAGACAUUUAUCUUUGUUUUAUUAUAUUUUAUGUCAUUUUAUCUACUAUUUAUCUUUAGAAACACGUCUUUAGUUUCUCUGUUAAGUAAACUUUAAAAUGAUAAAAGAAACUGGGAGAGUAUUAGAUAUUUGAUUGAAAUUAAUGCAUGCAUACUGUAUUUACCCCCUAUAUAUAAUCUGUUGUUAUGUUGAUGAAUAUUAUCAUGUCCUAUAUUAUAUAAGUUAUAAAACAGUUAUAAUAGUAUA